AUGCUCGUACCACAGUUCCAAAGAGGCACACAUCUGGACUUGUAUGUGUUCUUGUCAGAGCAGCCCUCUUUCAGUCAGUACAGCGACUCCAAAGCCCUCGUAUGGGCAGAGAAGGAUUUCGCACUAGGAACAGAGGCCGAUAGGAAACUCAACAUCACGUAUCACCCAUCUGAGGCAGUGCAGAACAAUGGGACAGUGUAUCUGCACGCCUUCUUUGCACCGACAGGCGUUGCCAUUGACCCGACAGAUCCGUUCUACAAAAAUAACACAGUCUUCUCCAAGUCAGCCAUGCUCAACAGAUACCUGCCGCGGCCCAAGAACAAGACCGGGGUGAACUUGCUUGCCACCACGCAAGCGGAGCAGGUAGAUGCGAGGAAGGCUGACAAGGAGGAGGCGGCCAAGCCGGCAGAGUACAUCAGCUUCAUCAAGCCCUAUGUCAGCAUCGCCCUCAUAGACGACGCCACUGCCUACCCCGCAAACGCUGUGCCUGACCACAUCAAGGAGUACCUGGAUGUGGACUUCGACAUGAUGACGUACAAGCCGUCAGUAUUCUUUAACGAUUUCUGGAUGCUGCGCGACACGCUGGUGCCGGUGAACGAGACGCUCUCGGAGGUGCAAGUGGCGCUGGACCUGCACCAGAUGGCGCUUUGGAAGUUCACCAUCUACGCCCAGAUGGAGAAGAGCUUCCAGAUGCAGAGGGACAUGGGGAUGCAGGCGGACGGCGAGUCGGACGAGCUGAAGCGGGUGCUGCUGGAAGGGAACCCCAUAUUCCUGGCCAUCACCUUCGCGGUGUCCAUGCUGCACUCGGUGUUUGACGUGCUGGCCUUCAAGAACGACAUCGGCUUUUGGCGCAACAAAAAGAGCGUCGAGGGCCUCUCCGUGCGCACCGUCGGAAUCAACUGCUUCUGCCAGGUGGUGAUCAUGCUGUACCUGCUGGAGGAGAACACGAGCUACGUGGUGCUGUUCAGCAGCGGCCUGGGGCUCAUCAUAGAGUUCUGGAAGCUGACGCAGGCCAUGUCCAUCUCCCUGGACACCUCCUGCGGCUACCCCCGCCUGCGCUUUGCCGACAAAUCCUCCUACUCGGAGUCCAAGACGAAGCAGUACGACGCGGAGGCGAUGCGCUACCUGAGCUACGCGCUCUUCCCUCUCGUGGCGGCCUACAGCGUGUACACGCUGCUGUACCAGACGCACCGCUCCUGGUACUCCUGGGUCCUCAACACCCUCGUCGGCGCAGUCUACACCUUCGGCUUCGUGCUCAUGUGCCCGCAGCUGUACCUGAACUACCGCAUGAAGAGCGUGGCGCACCUGCCCUGGCGCCAGCUCACCUACAAGUUCCUCAACACCAUCAUCGACGACCUCUUCGCCUUUGUCAUCAAGAUGCCCACGCUGCACCGUCUCUCAGUCUUCCGCGACGACAUCGUGUUCCUCAUCUUCCUCUACCAGAAGUGGAUCUACGGCGUCGACAAGAAGCGCGCCAACGAGUUUGGGUUCUCAGCAGAGGAGCCAGCCGCUGAGCAGGGGCCAAUCACAGAUGGAACGGAGGCAGCAGCUCCCUCAACAUCUGCUGUUCCUGCAGAAGCCAAGAAGGACAAGUAGCUUUUCUUUGUUGCUAAUGCGCUGCACAUUCAGCAGCUUUCUGUUUGCUCGUUGAUGUUGUAAUCGAGACAUGCAAGAAGCAUUUGCACCUAUUGUACAGGGUCUUUGACCGGAUGGUUGGCUUGAACAUGCACGGCACGCUAGCUAGGCACUGGACAUAUCUUCCUGUACAGCAAUGCAGUCUGUCGUCUGAGACAGAGUGCAUGCUUGCUGAGCCUUGCUCUGUUUUGGUAUUGCUGCAGCUGUGCCUUUAGUGUAGCCAGCUGCACAAUGUACUCAAUUUUUAAGGGUGAGUACCGACGCCAAUCAUUUUUAAUAUGGUGUCAGGACGGUAUGUAACAGCAGAAGAUU